CGAGAGCGUUAUCGAAAGUCAAUGUUAAGGUCGGUUGGUAACGCGAUAGGGCCUUACAAGUAUAUAAAGAUGCAUUUCUAGAAUGUAGGCAUCAGUUCACUUCAGUACUCUUCAGUGAAAACAAAAAUGUUCAAGGCACUCGUAGUCCUCUGCUUGGUGGCACUUGCUGUCGCAAAAGAAGCAUCCAAAUGUGAGACCAAAUUCAACAUUGUUGAUGAUGACUGGAAAGCAGUGAACGCUGAUGACUCAAAACCAACUGAAAGACACCUCUGCUUCUUCAAAUGCGUUUACGAGGAUGAAGGCUCCGUCAACAGUGAUGGUGUCUUGAACGCUGACAAACUUGUCGAAAAUGUACACAAAUGGAAGCCCCUCACUGACGAUGCCAAAAAUUCCAUCAAAGAAUGCGUGAAAUCCCUUGGACCAGUCAAGACCUGCAAUGACGUCAGUCCUAGCUACCAAUGCGUGCAGAACGCUCUUGCUAAACAGAAGAAAGGAACCGCUUAAGUGAAGUACCUCCAACCAUUUGACCAAUCGUGAUAUUACAGAUACAGAUACUCAAAAUUUUAACACCUUCAAAAUAAAUUCUUUAGAUUAAAUUUA